AUGGCCCUGCGCACCGCUCUGGUGUGCCAUCCCUUCACAGCUGGACCCCGCAUCCCAAGCUGGACCCCGCAUCCCAAGCUGGACCCCACAUCCAAGCUGGACCCCACAUCCAAGCUGCUGCCUUGCUGGAGGAGCGAACCGGACCGGAGCCGGACCGACGGACAGACAGACAGCCCCCUGCGGAGCGCAGCGGCUCGCCGGCGGGUCUGGUGUGCGACCCCCCUCUCCCCUCCCCCCAGCCUUUCCUGCGGCCUCGAUGGGCGCGGGGGGCCGCGGGGGCCGCUGCUACUGCUGCUGCUCGUGCCGCUGCUGAGCCCCGCGGGCAUCGGCGCGCAGCCAGACGCGGACGCCGACGACGAGGACCUGGCGCUCGCCUUCGCAUCCGAGGAGGACGGGCCGCCAGACGUGGCUCAGCACGCUCCUCCGGCCGCCUUCCACCACUGCGCCAAGGAUGCGUGGCGGCUGCCCUGCACCUACGUGGUGGUGCUGAAGGAAGAGACGCACCGCUAGCAGACCGAGCACACUGCGCACCGCCUGCAGUCGCGAGCUGCGCGCCGGGACUACCUCACCAAGAUCCUGCACGUCUUCCACGGUCUCUUCCCCGGCUUCCUGGUGAAGAUGAGUGGCAAUCUACUAGACCUGGCACUGAGGCUGCCCCGUGUCGAGUACAUCGAGGAAGACUACUCUGUCUUUGCCCAGAGCAUCCCGUGGAACCCGGAGCGGAUUAUCCCUGCGCGGUACACGGCGGGUGACUACCAACCCUCGAAUGGCAGCGGCCUGGUGGAGGUAUAUCUACUAGACACCAGCAUCCAGAGUGGUCACCGGGAAAUCGUGGACAGGGUCACAGUCAUCGAUUUUGAGAAUGUGCCGGAAGAGGAUGGGACUCGCUUCCACAGGCAGGCGAGCAAGUGUGACCGCCACGGCACGCACCCGGCAGGGUUGGUCAGCGGCCGGGAUGCCGGUGUGGCCAAGGGCACCAGCCUGCAUGUACUCAACUGCCAAGGGAAAGGCUCCGUCAGCAGCACUCUCAUGGGCCUGGAGUUUAUUCAGAAGAGCCAGCAGGCCCAGCCUGCAGGGCCGCUGGUGGUGCUGCUGUCCCCGGUGGGCGGGUACAGCCGGGUGCUCAACGUUGCCUGCCAGCGCCUGGCCAGGGCCGGGGUGGUGCUGGUCGCCGCUGCUGGCAACUUCCGCUGCCUCUACUCGCCCGCCUCAGCCCCGGAGGUCAUCACUGUUGGGGCCACUAAUGCCCAGGACCAGCCGGUGACCCUGGGAGCCCUAGGGACCAGCUUUGGCCGCUGUGUGGACCUCUUUGCCCCAGGGGACGACAUCAGCGCCUCCAGUGACUGUAGCACCUGCUUUGCAUCACAGAGUGCGUCACAGGCCGCUGCACAUGUGGCUGGCAUUGUGGCUGUAAUGCUGACUGCUAAGCCAGAGCUCACCCUGGCCGAAGUGAGGCAGCGGCUGAUCCACUUCUCUGCCAAGGUCAUCAAUGAGGCCUGGCUCCCUGAGGAGCAGCGGCUCCUGACCCCCAACCUGGUGGCCACACUGCCCCCACCCCACCCCCGUGCCCACGGAGCAGGUGGGCAGCUGCUCUGCAGGACCGUGUGGUCAGCGCCCUUGGGGCCUCGGCGGAUGGCCACAGCAGAGGCCCACUGCGCCAGUGACGAGGAGCUGCUGUGCUGCACCAGUUUCUCCAGGAGCGGGAAUAGGCUGGGCGAGCACAUGGAGGCCCGAGGGGGCAGGCGGGUCUGCCUGGCUCCCAGUGCAUUUGGGGGCCAGGGUGUCUACGCUGUGGCCAGGUGCUGCUUUCUGCCCUGGGCUAACUGCAGCGUCCACACAGCACCCCCAGCUGGUUCCGGGGCAGAGACUCGAGCCCACUGCCGCCAUCAGGACCACGUUCUCACAGGCUGCAGCUCCCACUGGGAGGCUGAGAACGUCGGCACCCACAGGCAGUCUGUGCCGAGGCCACGUGGUCAGCCUGGCCAGUGUGUGUGCCACCAGGAGGCCAGUGUGCAUGCUUCCUGCUGCCAUGCACCGAGCCUGGAGUGCAAAGUGAAGGAUCACGGAGCUCCCAGCCCGGCCAGGAAGGUGGCUGUGGCCUGUGGGGAGGGCUGGACCCUGUGGACAAUACGUGUGUGGUGA